ACUCUAAUGGGGAUCUGAACAGCUGUCCUACAAGCCGAACAACAGGGUCAUUUACAACGCAUUUUCUCGGCACCCUCGAGAAAAACAUGUAGAACCUGUGUUUGUUCAUCCCUCAACAAACAACUAGUCUGCACUCAAGAUGACAAUGGUGUAAACACUGCAAAAAUCUUGUGUGACACAUCAUUCAGAAAGCCAGAUAUAUCCUCAGUGACGAUGGACAACCCACCCCAUUUUUACUUUUCUGAACUUGAAGACUGUGAGGAUAUACAAGAAGAACCAGACAUGAGCUGUGAGCACAUACACCUUCCAAAACAAGAUGCAGAAAGAGACUCCUUUCUGUGCCAGCACUGCAAGAGAUGCUUUACCAGCAGACAAGGCUUGGAACAACACAUGCACCGCCAUGCUUUUAUGAACAACGUGGCACAUGAGUACAAAAGCAACUCUUCAGGUUCAGACACAAUUUACCUGCCACAUGAGAAGAUGAAGCCUGUGGAUGCAGUAGAUUCAAUCAUGCAGGUUCAUACUUUAACCUUCUCUAGCACCAAUACCUCUUUGUUGGGUGGAGAUCACAGUGGUCUGCAUUGUAUGCCUGAAACAUUAGAGGACCAUCAUGCCUGCAUGUCUACUGAGAAAAUAUUCACAACAAAUACUAACAAGCAACAGCAUGAGUGCAAUGUACACGAGGACCCACUGGAACUCGCACACGAUGAGCAAACCAAGCUUCCACAAGAGGACAUUUCUCAGACAUUUCCCAGUGAAUCGUCUCAACUUCAUUUACAGCAUGCUGAGAAAAUGGCAUCCACAUUGUUUUUAAAGAAUGAAGGAGAAUACGUAGAACAGUACAUGUUAGAUGUGCCGAACAAUAUUUCAGAGAAUCUCAGCUUUUACAUCGAUGGAAAGAUGGUGUCAACAAGCACAGUUGGUAACUGUGAGGUAGCAGAGGGUCAGUCUGGGACUUUACCUUUAGUUGGACUGGAUGCCCUGAUUUUAGACCCUGUCCAGAUCAAUCAGGUUUUAAAUACAGAUAUAGAAAUGCCUUAUCAACAGCAAGCCAAGAGAAGAACGACAACGCCUCCUCUCUUGCCGCAAAUUAAAACUGAACUGGAGUCUGAGGAGGUGGCGUCUUCAUUCUCUUCAUCACUUGUUUCUUCCUUAAUAGAGAAUCUGUUCCCUCAGAACUCAGAGCCUACAGUUGUACAAAAGGAAAGAACAAUAUUUCUGUCUCCAAAAUUGAAGCAGUUCCUUGAGAAGCAGGAGGGUCUUAAAUCUACACUUGCCCUCAUCACAGACGGCCAAACCUCAUCCUCACCCAUUUCCCCAUCUGUCCUGCCUUCUGGGACUGGAAGGUUUAAGAGAAGAACCAGCUCUCCAACAGGCUUGACACAGCAAAUUUCAACAAUAAAUGAAGAAACACCAGAGCCAGAUUCUGGAGAUUUUGGUUCUGGAAGCUCACGACAAAUUGAGGCACAGCGUAGCUCACCUGUGCAACAAGUGCUUGAUGAAGACAAUAGCACGACUCCAUCUGUAGCAGGGCCGGAGGUAAAACCUUUUCUUUCAGAAAGUUGGCCUCCUGUCACUGGUGGUAAUUCUUGUAACCAAAAACCUCUGGAUCUCUCAAAUACAUUCAAAAGAAAUGACGAUGUGACGUCAGGUGACUCCGUUCUGGAUUUAAGUUUGCAAAGAAAAAGUCCAGGUAACUCUGAACCAACAAUAAAUUUUGUGUCACAAGCAGUUUUGAAAGAAGUAUCAAAUGCAUGUGUGGUGGAAAAUGUCUUGGGUAAAACUGAAGAACAAAAAAUAAACCUGGGGAAUCUUGUGUCUCCCCUAGUUACAGACUUUACUCUUGUCACAGGUUCAGAUGUGGGUCCACUGGAGCAUGUUGCAGAUGGGCUUGUUUAUGGACUUGCCAUACCUCCAAGUUCUCUAUCUUCAUCAGAUGCUUCGCUGACCCCUGUUGCCUUAGAGACAGCUUCACCAUGCACCUUCACAUUUGCUUCUCCAGCUGCACACACUGUUCUUCCUACUGCUCCCUCAGUAAUUACGGUUUUGGCACCACCGUCAUCUAUUUCCAACCCUUCAAGCCAACCAUUCCAAGUAUUAACCCCAAAUUUAUCUCAUGAGCCUUUGGUAAUCUGUACAGAAAAAGCUUUUAAUUCUGCUGAUUGUGAUUUAACUACUUCAUUUGGUCCCACCAAUCCUGCAAAUAUAAUCACGCUUUCCCAACCACUUGACCCAACUAUGAAUCUUCCUGGCCAUGUGUUUCUCACUGAUCAGAUUGCGCUCAAUACACCUGUGGUUGAAUCCAGUCCACAAGUACCAUUCACAUCAGCUGUAACCUUGAACGAUUCUCUACUCAACAUUGCCAGUAACACAGUGUUAAUUGAGUGUACAAUAUCUCUUGAAGCUCCAGGAGGUAUUGUUCCUCCUGCAGUUACCUUACAAGAGAGUGCUGUUGAGCAUCCAUCACCCAUCCAGAUGGUUGCUAAUCACACAGAACAGCAACAAAUUGUGUCUGUGCCCAACCCUCAAACUGUGGAUCACACUAUUCUUGUGUCCUCUGUUGCAAAAUCUAUAGGUCUGUCCAAUAACACUGAUGCAAUAUCCGAUUCUCCUACUGUGGAUGACUCAAAAUCUGAUCCAGAGCUUGUUAGUAGUACAGACCUACCAACCAAAAAUGAGGAGGAAACAGCUGACAGUUUGGGUUCUAUGUCAGAAAUUCCACCUAAAGACUUUUGUCCACCUCCUCUUGAAACGGCCAAUGAAGAAUCAUCAAACAACACAGAAAAUGAUCCACAACAGCAGACAUUCACCAAAAAUUUUAUCUGCAAUGUAUGCGAUAAGCUUUUCCAUUCAAUGAAAAAACUCGGACAUCACGUAGUGGACCACGCUGAUGAAUGGCCUUACAAAUGUGAAUUCUGCGUGCUGCUCUUUGGCAAGCCUUCCGAUUUGCUCGACCAUCGAUCAAGCCUCCAUGGUGUUGGAAAGACUUAUGUUUGCAGUGCAUGUACAAAAGAAUUUGUCUACCUUUGCAAUCUGAAGCAGCAUCAGGAGGAGCUGCAUCCCAGACAGCUAUGUUCAUACACAGAGGAAGAAAAAGGGAAAUUAAGACCUCAAAACUAUAAUAACUCAACUAAAGUGAACACAGUUCCUUUAGCUCUCAAACCUCUUGAGGAACCCAAGAAACAAGUAAAAAAGGAAGAAUGUGAUGUUGACGUGACUGCUGAUGAGCUGUUGACAACUAUUAAGAUUAUGACUUCAGAUGGAAGUAAAGUCAAGGGGCCUGAUGUUCGUCUUGGCAUAAACCAGCACUAUCCCAGCUUUAAGCCACCUCCUUUUCCUUAUCAUAACCGAUCACCUGCUGGAUCACUUGCUUCAGCGACUAACUUUACCACCCACAACAUCCCACAAACCUUCAGUACAGCUAUUCGAUGCACCAAGUGUGGAAACAGCUUUGAUAAUAUGCCAGAGCUGCACAAACACAUCUUGGCCUGUGCAAAUGCAAGUGAUAAAAGACGAUACACACCUCGAAAAAACCCUAUCCCUUUACGGCACUUUGCAAAAAGUCAAAAUGGAGUGCUUUCUACUACUAACACCGCUAAUGGACUAAACAAAGUCAGUCAGGCAAGCAUGUCCAAUCCAAGUCAAGAAUCACCAAUAAAGCUUAAAAUACUGAACAAAAGGAAGAAAAAGUUUGCUCAAAGGGUCAUGCCACAAAGAAAUAAGUCAGUCCCUUCACCACAUAAAAUGUCACCUGAGCCUCAGGAAAUAUUUGUCUGCCCACACUGCAGCAGGGAGUUCACCAUGCGCCGCAGCCGAACCAAACACGCGGCAGUCUGUCCCAAGAAACCAAAAGAAAUCAAGAGGAAAGAAGGUGGAAUAUCUGUCACAAAAGAAAACGACGAACACCUGCAAAGGGGACUUUCUCAUGUAAAGGAGAAGCAGCAAUCAUCACCACAGCAUAACACAAGACUCCAGACAUCUAUAUCUGCAAAGAGGCCUGCCGUUCUACCAGUGCAAACUGUCUUCUCGAGCAAAAGAAGUAAAAUCAUCAUUAAAGAAGACAUGCAGCCUAAAGAGGAGGUGUCCACUCUCUCAGAAGUUUCCAUUCGCACUUUCAACCCCUCCAUGCGGCAGUACACCAGAGUUCAGCAUAGCAUCAAAGGAGUUCCCAUUAAAAUCACCAUAGUGAAACCUCGGCAGAAUGUACCACAGAAAGAUGAGUCACCUUCCACUCAGAGUCGAGAGGAAGCAACUGGGACUAUUUCCAGCCGCUCGGAGCGGAACGUUUUGGCUUGACAACUCCCACAAUCCACAUGGAUAAGCCGGACUCUUCCAUAUGAAACCGUUAAAGUAAAUGGAGGAAACUCGUGUCUACACUGCAAACCCAGCGGACCUGUAGGCUACAUUACAACGUACAUUAACU